AACACAUCCAGGCAAACUACUAGACACUAGCAUGGAGAUCAAGCCAGCACUCCUCCUUGUUGCCUGCUUGUUAUUGGGCAUCAGCAACAGAGGCACUGCAGCAACAUGCAGAACUUCAGAUAUUGUUGUCCAGACAGAGAGCUGGCCCGAUCCGGCAGGAACGCCAGUGUACUAUGUGAACCUGGUGAACAACUGCGGCUGCACGCAGAAGAACGUGAAACUGGCGUGUCCAGGGUUCAACUCUUCCGUCGAGGUCUACCCGGCCGCCGCCAUCAAGCCGGACGGCGACGGCAAGCUCUGCUCCCUCUACAGCGGCGCACCGGUUAGGCCUAAAUAGACGAUCUUCGUCAAC